GAGGUGUCAGGCGCCACGGUGGAUAUGGAGAGGAAGGCUAGUUUAAUCAGGACUAAGCGUGCAAGAAGCGAUAACAAUACUUAUAGUUCCCGAUUCAAGGGAGUGGUUGCUCUGCUGAAUGGCCAUUGGGGAGCCCAAAUAUAUGCCAAUCAUCAGAGGAUUUGGCUCGGGACUUUUAAUUCGGAGAAUGAGGCUGCAAUGGCUUAUGAUAGCGCAGCCAUCAAGCUUCGAAACUAUGAUUCCCACAGAAACUUCUCAUGGUCAAGCAUCAAUGCAGAAGAACCAAAGUUUCAGCGUCAGUUCAGCACAGAAGAAGUGAUUUGCAUGAUCAAAGACGGUUCCUAUCCGUCAAAAUUUUCUGAUUAUCUUAAGCUGCGUGGUCAAUCAAAGGACUCGGAGAGUGGUGAGCUGAAUUUCUCAGUGGAGCAAAAGAAAGGGGAGUUUCUGUGUUCUAAGCUUUUUGAAAAGGAAUUGACACCUAGUGAUGUUGGCAGUCUCAAUAGGCUAGUGAUCCCGAAAAAACAUGCUGUCACUUAUUUCCCCCGUUUGUCUCGUGGCAAUGAGGCUAGUGGAGAAAUUGAUGACCUUCAGCUGGUUUUCUAUGACAGCUCGAUGAGACAGUGGCGAUUUAGGUAUUGUUAUUGGAAGAGCAGCCAGAGCUAUGUUUUCACAAGGGGCUGGAACGAGUUUGUGCGCGAAAAGAAGUUAAAAUACAAGGACAGGGUUAUUUUCUUCACAUAUUCUUAUGUAGGUGCAACUGACAAGCUUGUGCAGAAGUGUCUGAUGAUUGAUGUAGCUUAUUACAGCGAUAGCGUUGUCGAUGAAACGAGUGAUGAUCUGGAGAGGAGCAUGCAUUUUGGCCAGGAAAAUGUUGAAUUGCAGAAGAAUGGUGUUGACAAUGAUGCUGAGAAAAAUGCUGACAAGGUCUUGCUAAAAUCGAAAGGAGCAGCAGAUGAACAGAAGAUUGGCUUUAAGCUUUUCGGUGUACAGAUCAUCUGA